UUUCCCUGAGAGGGGGAGUGGUAACUGCAACCGGAAGCGGCACCGCGGAAGCGCUGGGGCGGCCCGCGGGAGCGGCGGAGACGUGUCCAUCCGUGAGGCGCCGGCAGCGCCCCCUCAGGGUUCCGGGCUGGGAGGGCCGCUAGGUGCCACCUUAUACACUCCUUACGGGCCCAGCAGCCUGUCAACGUGGGGCGGCGGCGGCGGCGACGGCCCGGGCUGGGAGCGUUGGCGGCCGGAGUCCCAGCCAUGGCCGAGUCUGUGGAGCGGCUGCAGCAGCGGGUGGAGGAGCUGGAGCGGGAACUGGCCCAAGAAAGAAGUCGGCGGGCCCCGGGGGGCGGCGACGGAGGAGGCUGCCGGGCCCGCAUCGAGAAGAUGAGCUCGGAGGUGGUGGACUCCAACCCCUACAGCCGCCUGAUGGCAUUGAAACGAAUGGGAAUUGUAAGCGAUUAUGAGAAAAUCCGUACCUUUGCUGUAGCAGUAGUAGGUGUUGGUGGAGUUGGUAGUGUGACUGCUGAAAUGCUGACAAGAUGUGGCAUUGGUAAGUUACUACUCUUUGACUAUGACAAGGUGGAACUGGCCAAUAUGAAUAGACUUUUCUUCCAGCCUCAUCAAGCAGGAUUAAGUAAAGUUCAAGCAGCAGAACAUACUUUGAGGAACAUUAAUCCUGAUGUUCUUUUUGAAGUACACAACUAUAAUAUAACCACAGUAGAAAACUUUCAACAUUUCAUGGGUAGAAUAAGUAAUGGUGGAUUAGAAGGAAAACCUGUUGACUUAGUUCUUAGCUGUGUGGACAAUUUUGAAGCUCGAAUGGCAAUAAAUACAGCUUGUAAUGAACUUGGACAAACAUGGAUGGAGUCUGGGGUCAGUGAAAAUGCAGUUUCGGGGCACAUACAGCUCAUAAUUCCUGGAGAAUCUGCUUGUUUUGCGUGUGCCCCACCACUUGUAGUGGCUGCAAAUAUUGAUGAAAAGACUCUGAAACGAGAAGGUGUUUGUGCAGCCAGUCUUCCUACCACUAUGGGAGUGGUUGCUGGGAUCUUGGUACAAAAUGUGUUAAAGUUUCUGUUAAAUUUUGGUACUGUUAGUUUUUACCUCGGAUACAAUGCAAUGCAAGAUUUUUUUCCUACCAUGUCCAUGAAGCCAAAUCCUCAGUGUGAUGACAGAAAUUGCAGGAAACAGCAGGAAGAAUAUAAGAAAAAGGUAGCAGCACUGCCCAAACAGGAGGUUGUUCAAGAAGAGGAAGAGAUAAUACAUGAAGACAAUGAGUGGGGUAUUGAGUUGGUAUCUGAGGUUUCAGAAGAGGAACUGAAAAAUUCUUCAGGUCCAGUUCCUGACUUACCUGAAGGAAUUACAGUGGCCUAUACAGUUCCCCAAAAGCAAGAAGAUUCUGUACCUGAUGUAACAGUGGAAGAUUCUGGUGAAAGCUUGGAAGAUCUCAUGGCCAAGAUGAAGAAUAUGUAGGUAAUGGACUGGCCUAUAUUUAAUUGCAAAGCCUAUUCCUUUGCAAUUAAAAAAUGUCAUUUUAAAACUGGCAAAACUUAGGGCAAUAUCAGUUGAUGUAUAAUCUUCUCUGAUUUGUUAUACUUUUUGAAAAUACUAUGACUGUUGCUUGUUGUUACCCCACCGUCAACUAAAUCCAUAACUCUCCUAAAACUCAUGUUUCAUUCUAGUAAGGAAAUUUCAAAGGAUUAUCUUAGGCAGUUAUAGAUCUUAUUGAAAAUGUAGUCAUUGAAAUGUUUUGGCCUUUUGUGAGGGAUGGGAAGAAAUUUGAUGCUAUGUACAUUCCUUUUCUUUCCAGUAAUACUUUGUGAUCUGUGGCCAUGAACAAUAAAGUAGUACAUGGUCCUGAAAUACAGGGAAAAGUACAAGAGGCACAGCCUGUUGAUUUGAGUUAGCAGCAUGUACUCCUUGCUUUGGAAUGGUUCUCUACAAGAGAACUGUCCACUCUACUAACUUGGCCAACAGUGAAUUUAAAAUAAAAACAUUCUGUCAGAUGUUUCCUGAUGGCAAACUGAAAUGUAGUCAUUGGAAAAGUUGUAAACUUGUGAAUUAUAUAUUCAAAAUCAGGCAACCAAAAGGAAGCUUUUUUCAAGGACAGACAGGUAAAGGUACUUUGAGGAAGUACAAGUUAUAUUUCUGCACUGACCAAGGAAAAGAAAUCAUUGCAUCUGUGGGACAUGUAUCUGGAAUUACUGUACUUUAUUGAGAAGCAAGGGAUACAUUUAGGCUAAGAUCAUCUAGAUUAUACCCAUCAUAUGGGUUACCUUCUGAAUACUUUCUCAAUUAAAUUAGAUUCCCCAGAUAAUGAAAUAUUGGCCAGGGCUUGUUCUAGAUAGUGGGCAUUAAAGGGGCCUACAGUGCCUCUGAGAUGCCUGAUGCGUUUAUUCACUAGAAGAGGGUCAUUUUCAUGACCACUAAAUCGUAAAUGGAUAAACUGGUUUUCCCUGCACUUGCAUACAAAUAAUGAAGGCUUUGACAGUCUUGGCUGAAAUAAAUUUCCAAUGGUUUGGAGACCAAUUAAAAAAAAUGCAUGUGUAACCAUUAUCUGAGCAAGCACCCCUACCACUCAUGUUUCCAAUGUCAUGAAGCGGGAAGACAUGUAACAAGGUUCUUCUAGUAUAUUGAUCUUAACUUAUUUCCUAAAGCAGUUUUUUUAAUCCAUUUAAACUUAAUAUAUUAUAAUGUAUUAAAUUACUAUUAUCACUAAAUAAUAUUUUAAACUCUGAUAGCUUAAUUAUAAAAUCAAUGUCUGGUAUGUUUGUAAAUUAAAUUACUGCGUUCCUUUCCUCACUGGCAAACCCA